AUGUCACGGAACGAGAAAGAAGAGCUGCCACCGUCGUACACAGAAGUUCCCAACUUCUCCCGUCUGAAUGCGCACCGAGGGCAGCAAAUCCUCGACCAGCUGACACUUACGCGCGCACACCACAUCCAGCUGGUCAUUGAUACGCACAUCAUUCCGCUCGUCGAAGAGCGUGCAUCAUAUGGCAUCGCACAAACUACCAUCGCCAUGCUGCCAUCCGACAUCCCCCUACCGGCCGUGCAGGAAAAGUCUGAGUUCAGCUUCGACACUGACACAUCGAAGGCUGUGGAAGUACUUGGAUUCGCAUCAGAAGAGGAGCCAAACAUAGUACGUCUUGAAGGUCAGAUGAACCGGACGGAAUUCUGGAGAGUUCAGGCUGUCAUCGUAGAGCUGGAGCGGGUGCUAAGAGAUAGCUUGAAUGCGAGUCCACAGCUGGGAAGUCCGAUCCGGGAGAGAAGCGAGUUCGAGGGGCCGCAUAAAAUGAAGCGUAGCCUCCUUGCCAAGUUUAUUGGGAGGGGUGAGAAGGAGCGAUCGCCGAGUGGAAAUCCAGAAUUGGGCGUAAAGAAGGCGGAUGAAUCUGGAUUGGUCCUUGUGAAGGCCAGGUUGGAGGAGAUAUCGUUGCGAACGAUGAGCGACUUUGGGCUUUAUGAUACGAUGUCGAAACAGUGUGUGAUCAUCAGGAUCGACGCAAGGUGUUGA